AUGCCUCCCAGGCCCGCCGUUCGUGGCGAGUACAUCGAGACAGAAACCGGCAACAAGAUCAGUCGCAAAGCGAGCGUCCUCGGGCCCCGACACAUUAUUCUGGCAGGAAAAUGUGUCAUCCAGCAGGAUGUCGUGAUCCGCGGUGACCUCGUCCGCCCUCCACAACCCAAACCCCCAGCACAGCAGAGUGAUCAGAAAUCCAGCAGCAGUCCCGAUCAGACAUCGAUACAUCUCGGGCGCUAUGUCUUCAUCAGUCCCGGCUGCACACUCCAUCCUCCGUCACGGUUGACCACGGUUGCGAACCCCAACGGCGGCGAACCGCAGCAGAUCAUGACAUACUUCAUGUUGAGAAUCUCUGAUUAUGUCUACAUCGGCCCCAACACGCAUGUCAGGGCGGCAGAGAUCAAAAGUAAUGUCUACAUCGGUGCCAAUUGCACAAUUGGGAACAUGGUCAUCAUUAAAGACAAUGUUAAAAUCCUCGACGGCACCGUGCUUCCUGCGAAUACGGUCUGGGCUGGCGGUACCGUUAUUGCAGGUAGACCUGGGAGGGUGGUCGGAGAAAUUGGUGAGGGCUGGGCUGCCAGUACAACUAGUGGCUCGACCGUCGACGAGGGAAUCGGGGUCCGGAGUAGAGAGAGAUGGGCAGCCGUUGGGAACAAGAGAUGA